AUGUCCAGCACACCCCUUUCGAUCUUCGUCAUUGGUGGCCAUGGCAAAGUGGCUCUCCACUUCACCCGCCAAGCAGCCGCGAGAGGCCACAAGAUCUUCAGCAUGGUUCGACAACCCGAGCAUGCUUCUGACUUACCAAGCGGUCCUACCUCCGAUUCAGUCCAGCCUGUGAUCGCUUCUCUCGAGCAGUCUUCGGUCUCGGACAUUGCCUCUCUGUUCACUAAGUAUUCGCCCAACAUCAUCCUCUUCAGCGCAGGUGCCGGUGGCAAGGGAGGUCCCGAGCGCACAAAGACUGUUGAUGAGCACGGCGCUAUCAAGGUCUUCGAUGCUAUCGAGCAAAGUGGCAUUGCCAAGUCCGACAACUUUCGCCGCUUUCUCUUGGUCUCGGCAGUCGAUGUACGCGACAAGACCAAGCCUCCCCCUUCGUGGUACAGGAAGGAAGAUUUCGAACGCUCGGAGAAGACGCGAAACGCCAUCGGAGCUUACAUGGAUGCAAAGUACGCUGCUGAUAAGAACCUUUCUGGCCGAUCCUCUUUCCCUUGGUUCGUUCUACGACCGGGAGGUCUGCUUGACGAACCAGGCAAAGGAAAGGUAGCUCUAGGAGUCCACCAAAGCCUCGUGCACUCUAUCCCACGCGAAGAUGUGGCUGCUACGCUUCUGGAAGUGGCGCAACUUCCCAAGGGGCAGGCAGAUGGACUGAUGCUUGACUUGCUCGCCGGUGACAAGAACAUUUCCACAUCCGUCAAAGAAGCUGUAGAGCGAGGUCGAACUGAUUUUGAAGGAUGA